UCGAUAGUUAACCGCGUUGGAACGAUCAUUCCUUUUCGAAUUUUUAUUUUAAUUUUUUUUUUGUCAAGAAGUAAACGAAUUUACGUUCAAAAUACACGGGGGUGUUUUUUAGUUAAUGUAUUUUUUGUUUAAUUUUUCAUCAUUCUUAUUUACAUUCUAACACAAAUUUCGUUGUUCCGUGUAAAACGUUGUUGUUUUUCUUUUUUCUAUCUUUUACGUAUAUGCACGUGAAAAAUAAAAUGUGAGAAGAGAAUACAUAAACAUUAAAAAGAAUAAAAAUCAAGAAAUAAAUCACGCUAAAUAGGUGAACAAAGAGAGUGUGAGAGAGAGAGAGAGAGAGAGAAUCCAAUAACACUAUUUCGAGUGUGGGUAAAGUAAUAAAUAUAAAAGGUGUGUACAAGAGAGUAUCCUCUUAAAAGUGUUAGACAAACCGAUGGCAAAACCGGGCCAAGGUGUGAAAGACGCGAAUCGUAGUAGUAAGACCACGGUGUAUCUUUGGAAAACGUUAUUAUUACAACGAUCGUGGUCGAGAGUGUGACACCUUUCGUGAUCUUUUUUAUUUUUUCCCGAAUCGAGUCGUUUUUUUUUUUUCUAUACAAAUAAUUUUUCUCGUGGUAUAAAUAGUGUAUCAUCGAUCAUUUAACGUUGCAAUUUAAUUUCGUGUGAGUGUAAUACGCGUUUAAAAUAAAAAUAAAAGGAAGAACAAAUUAUCUUGAUUAAAAAAUAAAAUAAUUGAGAACGUUAGAAAGGUUAAUAAAAAUAAAAUUAAAAAAAAAAACAACAAUAACAAGAACAAAAUGGAAAUGGAAAAUAGAACAAUAACAACGAGAUCACCGUGUGAAGAAAUAUCGAAAAGACGUGUCUCGAUAUCCGAUCAAGUAUUUGGCGUAGACAAUCCUGCAUUUGAACAUAAUCGUCGUAUAAGCUCCAGUUCCGAGCACAAUUCGGAUCAAGGUAGAAGGAAGUCGAUACUUCAUCAUACAGGGAGUCAUUAUGACAGCGUAGAGAAUCUACCGCAGCACAACAAAUUAGAUUUAGCUGAGAAUGGUAGGGUUAAUGGUAACAGGAAAAAAUCAGCGUAUAGUAUGACCAGUUCGAUAAGAGAUAAGAUCGAGUACUCCGAAGAAUUAGAGAGAUCGUGGUUGUACCUUUUCUGCGCUCGUUGUCAUGGAAACGACGAUACACCCUCAUGGGAACCACCAGGAUGGAGAAAAGCUUGCCCCCAACCAUUCUGUCCAAGUUAUCGAAAAUUUGCAAGAAUACUAUGCCUUUUCUUGCUCGGUCUUUUGAUUUGGGGUAUAGUUUAUUCGAUAGUGGGAAAUGACGCAGCACCAGGUGGCCCUUUGUUUGGUCUUGCCGCUUUAUGCAUAGCCGCCCAUUUUGGUGGUUGGCUAUUUUCCUUGACGACUCUUCCAGCUUUGAUCGGUAUGCUGAUUACCGGAUUGAUACUACAGAACGCUGACCUAAUCAGUAUCGAUGGCCGUUACUCAAUCGUUGUUUCCAACUUAAGAAAAAUCGCCCUCGUAAUCAUCUUAACCAGAGCAGGAUUGGAUUUGGAUCCAACUGCAUUGAAGAGACUUAAAAUCACCGUUCCAAAAUUAGGUUUGAUACCAUGGUGCGUCGAAGCUGGAGUGGUUGCCGUUUUAACGAAAUACCUCUUAGGAUUACCAUGGAUAUGGGGUUUCUUACUUGGAAGUAUAAUUGCUGCAGUAUCUCCAGCAGUGGUGGUACCAUGUCUUUUCAGAUUACGCGGAAAAGGUUAUGGUGUCGCUAAG